ACGGACGAUACUUCCCGUCCCGAAAUUCGUCUUCUCACGAUACCAGCAACGGGACAGCAAGCUUAAUCCGUGAGGUCUGAAAGCUGGAGCAUCCCCAGUGGCACACAAGGACACUUGAGUGGGCGCCCCACACGACUGGCCCUCAAUGGCGCCGCUCUCCCUGUUCCGCGGGCAGGGGGGCACCACAAACACUAGCGCUGCCGCCAUGGUUGUCGACUCAGUGGAACCUGAGCCGCCGCGCACGCCGCCCCCAGAAGCACUGCGGCGGUCCUGUUCUGGCGAAGGCGAGUCGGUACCCUCCCCUAGCCGGCUGAACCCAGCCAGACUGCUGCGGAGGAAAGGCUCGCGCUCUAUCCGCGAACCACGGGAUCGUGGGGAGCGGGAGGAGGGCUGGUUCGGCGCGCUGCGAGGACAGGGCCAUAUGUCCCACUCCACGUCUGGGUCACUUGAUCGCUCCAGUGUUGGUCGGACUAGCGGGAGUGGUGCGCCGAGUGACACACCCCAGCUCCGCUCGUCGCCCUCGAUGCGCGGCCUGGCACACUUCGCGUCUGUGGCCACCCCUGCCAGCCCUUCUACUGCGCACUCGCGCCAUGGGAGUGCUAGCUCUGGAGCCGCGGUGCCCGGCGCAAACGCAAACUCGAAUGCUUCCAAUUUUGGUUCGGUCCGCUCGAUACGCUCAAUCCGCAGCGAUGGGGCGUCAGCUAACGGCGACACGGAGAUCAUUCUUGGCCCCUCUCCCGACCAUCCACUCAUAAAGGGUGAACCGACCGUGAUACACACCCACCCGUUCCUCCUCUCAGCGUCGGGCUCACCGGCAUUGACCAGCUAUGCGACGCCUCUGAGCCCGCCCCGUCGACCCCCGCGCUCCCCUGUGCCCCCUCCUCCCCCACCGCGCGGUGCAGCACUCCACCACAGUGACUCGCGGUCAUCAACACCUUCGUCCGGGUCGAUGUACAGCGACAUGGGCGAGAGCGGGGUAUCUGCAGCGCCGACUGUGAGGCCGGGCGACGCAAGAGAUCUAGCAGAGACGACUGUAUCUCGAGCGGACACAGCCGCUUGGCUGGCCCGCAAGCCCAGUGGCCGCCGCCCUGCACCCCUCGCAUCCGUAGUGGAUGGGCGGCGACGCGCUGAGAGUCACAGCUCGCACAUCAGUCCCAGCAUGAGCGGGACGAGUGCAUCGGGCGAGUCGAUCGACGAGCCCUUUACACCGACUAUCAGCCCUCGAAUCGGUGGAAUGCCGGCCACCCCGACCUCGGCGCAGCACCAGCGCCACCCAAUGUCUGCCAUGAUCUCGUCAUCACCCCGGCGCCCCUCUCCACCACCACCUCCACCACCUCUCAUACCGGCACCCACAGCACCCGGCACGCUCGAUCGCUCCGGCUACGUCGUAAGCGUACAGUGCUUGCCAGCGGCCGAAGGGGAGGUGCGCUGGGAGGUCGUGAUGAAGCGCUCCCACGGCCCAGAAGCGGAUGGGCUCAUAGCCUCUGCAGCGCCCGGUGGCCCCUUCUCCCUGACUCCAUCGGGAGACAGUCCCCAGAGCUUGCAUGCGCCGCCCUUCGCCAGCUCCGUCAACCUCUCUCUCGCUCUCGACACCGAUGCACCGAGCGGCAAGCUGCAGUUCAUAACUCUGCCUGGCGUGACGCCGACGCAUGGCCGCCCUUGCUCCGUUUCGCAGUCGGCUGCUCCGCCCUCCCCGCGCAGCUACCGCCGCCCCGAGUCCCCCAACGGCCUCCCCUUCGUCCCGCGCGACUCAGUUUUCGGCCCCAGCGUCCUUGGGCCACCAGCUCCGCUUCCCCCGCAGCCACCUCGCGCCCAACGCACCCCGCCUCCACCCUACGGUCCACGUCAAGAGCCCGUGUCGCCUCAAAGCCCCACGUGCAGGCGCCACGGGGCGGUGUGGGCGGUCGCCCCAGGGCCCGUCUCGCCUCGAAGUCCCGCGUACAAGCGCCAGGGCGCGGUGUGGGCCGCCUCGGGGGGCACGUCGCCUCUGAGCGGUGGGGAUGUGUUUACCGCCAACCCCCACAUGCCAUCGCCGCGGGCCGCAUGGGCGCAUGCGCAGUCGCAGGCCCCGUCUCAUGCGAUGGCGGGCCGGGCGCCACUCUGCCACGAUGGCUCGUCGCUGGAGCGUGCCAACGGCGCCGCUCAUGCCGCAAGGCCCAGCCUCGACGAUAUGGUAGAACGGGUACAGCUGGCCUGACCCGUGAUCAUUGCAGCGAUAUUCCUCUCACUAGUUGUGUAGGUUGGAGCUAGACGGGCUUUCUGAUUGUAUAGUGUGAAAAUAUGGAUUCUGGUUGUAAGUCUCGCUUUCUGUAACAGCAUGAGGGUUAUCACGUUGCGGAGCGCGGAGAGCUCAGAGCAGCAGUGG